UUCCCACAUUCCUCCCCCCUCCAUUUCCACCCCCCUCCAUUUCCAUCGCGUAUUUCCGUUACCUAACCAGCGAGUUCCUCCCAACAAAGUGACUUAACUCCUCGCUCGCGAAACAGUAACUAAAAUAUCUUUGCGGCAUCACAUCACCACACAUCUCUGAAGUUCUGCAAUUUAAAUAAGUCCCUCCUCUUCCUUUCUCUUUCUCUCUCUGUUUUCUGGAGCAGAGACUAUGGGAGCUUAUUGCAAUGGCGACUUCACUUCUUCUCCGAACUACACCUUUUCUUCUUCACAAGACUUUAGAUUCUCCAAGCAUGUCCACGACAAUGUCCAUGGCAACAUUUAUCUUGAUCCGCUUUUUCUGAAGUUCAUAGAUACUGAAGAAUUUCAGAGACUUCGGGAUCUUAAACAACUUGGUUUGGCACACAUGGUUUAUCCAGGGGCUGUACAUUCCAGGUUUGAACAUUCUCUUGGGGUGUAUUGGCUUGCUGGUGAAGCUGUUCACAAAAUUAAAAGUCACCAAGGCUAUGAGCUUGAUAUUGAUCGCUUUGAUGUACAAACAGUGAAACUUGCGGGACUCUUGCAUGAUGUAGGCCACGGGCCUUUCAGUCACUUGUUUGAACGUGGAUUUCUUCCACGGGUUCUCAAUGGCUCCAAAUGGUCACAUGAGCAAAUGUCAGUGAAGAUGAUUGACCAUAUUGUCGAUAAUCACCAUAUUGAGAUCGACUCUGAAACCAUUAAAAGAGUUAAGGAAAUGAUUCUCGCUAGCUCUGAAUUCACUCUGCCAAAAAGUACAAGGGAGAAGCAAUUCUUGUAUGAUAUUGUUGCAAAUGGUCGAAAUGAAAUCGAUGUUGACAAGUUUGAUUACAUCGUCCGUGACUGUCGUGCCUGUGGUCUAGGAUGCAACUUUCAGUUCCAGAGGCUAAUGGAGACAAUGCGGGUGUUGGGUGAUGAGAUAUGCUAUCGUGCUAAGGAUUGUCAGUAUCCUCUUGAAAUCACUCAUCAUAAUCUAACAAUCCAUAAGUUAUUUGCCACUCGUGCUGAUUUGUACAGAACAGUUUAUACACACGCAAAAGUAAAGGCAAUAGAGCUCAUGGUUGUAGAUGCCCUAUUGAAAGCAAAUGAUUAUCUAGACAUUACAUCUCAUGUCCAGGAUCCUUCUCAAUAUUGGAAGUUGGAUGACACAAUAAUAAAAACCAUUGAGACUGCUCCAGAUCAAGAAUUAAGGGAAUCUAGGGAUUUGAUCCUUCGCAUCCGGAGGAGGGAUUUAUAUCAGUUUUGUAAUGAGUAUGCUGUUCCAAAGGACAAAAUUGAAAAUUUCAAAGAUGUUACUGCACAAGAUAUUGUUUGUUCACAGAAGAAUGCCGCAGUAAUACUAAGAGAAGAGGAUGUUGCUGUUAGUAAUGUCAGGAUUGAUCUGACACAUGGAAGGCAUAAUCCUCUCGAGAGGAUCAAAUUUUUCAAGGAUUAUGAGAGCGAGGAAAAAUUCUCAAUACCCGAUGAUCGCAUUAGCCACUUGCUGCCAACAUCUUAUCAAGAUAUGAUUGUGAGGGUGUACUCCAAAAAGCCGGAACUGGUAGGAGCUGUUUCUGAGGCAUUCGAAAAUUUUCAGUUGAAGACAUAUGGGAUCAAAGCACAGGUAUGUGCAACACCAGAGAAGAAAAAGCGGCGUAUAUGAGGGGGUUACUGGAAGAGUUGUGAAUUCGGAUCACGGGAAUUUAUUUUGGCCCGUGACACUUACUGUGCUCUUGUUAGGCGGCAGAUAAAUUCAUGAAGUCGAAAAUGAGUGUUGCCUCUAGGCUUCACGUGCAAGUGGAUGCGUAAAGCAGCAGCAGCAGCAAUGAUAAUGCUGUUGCUGAUUUAUGGCAAGACCCAGUUCCUGUGAAACUGUUAUUGUUUCCUUGCUCCGUGUGUUAGGGGAAGAGUAGUUGAGAAAGAAAGGUCGGAGGGAUGAAAAGAUUUCUUGAAAGCAGAUUGCAAAUAAAAUGUUCCUGUUCUUUGAAAAUUGACUUUUUUAAACUUUUAUAAAUUAGUAUUAAUAGUAUUGUCAAAAUAAAUGAACUGUUUUUUCCCCCUAACUCUGUAGGAACAGAAAACUAUUCUCAUAAAUUUGAAUUGACUAAAAAGGAAAAAUCGAGCUUUUUUUUCUUCCUUUUCGGGAAGGAGAAAUGAUUAUGGAUAGACUAUCAGAGGAUAGUACUACUAAGUCCUGACCAAGCUCUGUUAUAAUGGAUCAACAAAUGUGAAGUGAAUUUCUGUUAUGAUAGUGUGUGGUUGCAACAUUUUCCAUGUUGCUUCUCUUGUCGGUGCUUGAGGACUGAAUUUAUGUGAAACAUGUUGGACUGCAAAAAUUGUGUGUGUUUUUUUUAAAAUAAAAAUAAAAAAUAAAAAAAAAAUAGUUUUCUUCUUUUUACUGCUUUAAUUGUCAUAAAUUUUGUAGCAGAUACCACCUGUCUCUUUCACCAUAAAAUUUUGACCAGAGUAUUGCACCGACUCGAAGCUAUUAUAUGAACUCAACAUUUUUAUU